UGAUAAUUAAAUUUUUUAAUUCUGGGAAAUCAAACUCAGAAAUUGCAACUUUGUUAGACUUAUCGCGGUACAGUGUGAGAAAUAUUGUUUGAAGAUAUAACGUAACUGGUUCAGUUAAUAUUAAGCCACGAUAUGUGAAAAAAAGUAAUAUCACAUAUGCUGACUGAAGAGCAUUAAGAAGAAUAAUCGUGAAAAACAAGCGUGCCAAUUAUUUACAAUUAAGUACUCAGUGGAGUGGCGCUGUUGGAAGGAGAAUUACGAGGUCCGCAACUCAUAGAGAGGCCCACAAUCUGGGAUUUAGCACUGGCAAGGUAAGUUUUCUUAUAAAAAAAAGUUAAGUAAAAACCCAAAGGUUACACAACUUGUUUAUACGCCAAAGAAAAGCCACUAUUAACUCCACUGCAAAAGAAAAAUCGGCUUUGAUGGGCUAAAGAACAUAGGCAAUGGACACCUUAACAAUGGUGUGCAAUACAAUGGAGUGAUGAAGCCCGAUUCGAAGUUUGCGUUGGUGACUGUCACAGUAGAGUUAUUCGCAAAAAAAUGAAGCAUUCCAUGUUGACUGUCUGAAGAGAAAAAUGAAAUUUCCAGCAUCCAUUAUGGUCUGGGGCAGUAUGUCAUCAAAAGAAGUAGGAAAACUUCAUUUUAUUGAUGGAAAUGUGGAUACAAACAAAUAUUUGGCAAUUUUAGAAGAAUCGCUUUUACCAGUGAUGGAAGAAUGUUUGAUAUCUGGCCAAGAUUUUAUGUUUCAACAAGAUAAUGCAGCAUGCCAUACCUCAAAAAAGGCUAUAAAAUGCAUGGAAGAAAAUAAUGUACCACUUUUGAAAUGGGUUUCUAACAGUCCAGAUCUGUCACCUAUUGAAACUUUGUGACACAAGAUGAAAAAGGUUCUAUGACAACGUCCUGCUCGUACAAUCACCGAACUGAGACUAAAGCUUCAAGAAAUAUGGGAUUGUUUUACACCAACUUUUUGCCAAAACUUGGUUAACACUAUGCCCCAAAGAAUUUCAGCCGUAAUAAAAAAUAAAGAUGAUGUUACCAGUGGUAAUUUUUCAAUUGUUGCUUUCUUAACUUCGCGCAUUUAAUCGCACAUUGUUUAUUUGUUCAGAUGCUCUAUUAGUUAUACGUCUAAGUGAUUUUAAAUAUGUAUUUUUUUACGACUAGAGUGUAUCUAAAAUGUUUUUGAGAAAAUAAAUUGUUUUAGAAGUAUGUAAAUAGUUUCGUCAUGUUUAGUUUAUAAAGGCAUAUUUUGGUACAAAUCUUGAAGUGGGCCAACUGAAGUGCCAAGGGGCUCGUACCUCUACCAUAUAUAAGUAAUUGAUGCAGACAAGAAAAACAUCAAUAAAGUGAGGUUUUAAAAAUUGACUAGGAAAAAAUUGGCGGUUCAGAAAGUAAACAAUAGAGAAUCAAUUUCAACCGUAAUAUUGAUAAUGAUACAAAAAUUUCUUUCAUUGUUAUUAUAGGAAUGUUCAUGGUGUGUGUAGAACUGAUGGGGAACGAAGGCACAUUGCUGACUAGCUCAUGCAGAUCUGCAAUGUUGCAUUACAAAGGAUUCUUAUUAGACACCCUGUAUAAACUAGUUUACAGUCCUUUCUUUGUGUUUGGUACUGCAGAAGAAAAGCAGACUGUACAUGUUGAGCUCUUCUCUGACUAUGAGGAACAAGGGGUGGAACCUGUCACAGAUAUAUUCGUAGAGGUUCAAACACGUCACAUAGAAAUCUAUUCGGCUAAGUUUUCUGUUAAUGCCCAGUUCUCAGGUUUAAGAUAUGUAAUGUUCCACUGGCCUGUCCUUUCAGCAGCAUUAGGUAUCACAGCUAAUCUAUUUUUCAUUGCUCUUAUCUGCUUGAUGAGCUGGUAUCAAAUAAUAAAUUCAGAAGAAUACUUGUCCUUCAUUGAGGCUACUAAGUAUAAAAAGGUGCACAGUGGUUUGAUAGAAUACGAAGAAUCUCCUUUAAUAGAUUUAGGAACGAUCGGUUUGAUCCCGAUGUUCAUGGGCUACGACAUUUUCACGACUGUGACCAGCCGAGUUGCCGGGAGAUUCUCGUUUUUAUUGACCAUCCCGACUGCGAUCAUUCAAGACUUUCUGAAGGAGGUACAGACUAUAGCAGAUCGAGAGAAAACCGAGCAAAGGCAAUUAUGUCCCGCCAAUCACGGUCACGCUCACGGCAUCGAAUGUCAGCAUUGCGAAAGGAUCAUUUGCGCCAAACACGGGAAAAGUGGAUGCGAAGAAUGCUUGGCAAACAGUAAUUUGGUCUUUCUGACAUAAUCUGCCAUCAUUACAGAGUUAAAUGCUUCGUAGUGUGGUUAUAGUUAUUCGCAACACGUUUCAACGCGUAUUAUGACAAAAUUGCAGGUUUUUGGACUCCUUAAAGAAUGUUAGGAAGUAAGAUUGACGAAGUGUGCAUGCAAUUUAUUAUUCUACGUCUAAGACCUCUACCAAAAAUCGAGGAAAUUCCAUGUAGAUUAGUCUUAGUAUUAUAAACAUUGUAGUAAACUAAAACACCAAAACAAUGAUGAUACUAGCAAGAUUAUAUAUAUAUAUCUGCAUGAUGCAAAAAUGUCAAUUUAUAGAUUCAGAAUCAGAUUCUGUAGACGAUGAUCUGUCCUUGCUGGAAGAGAAGAAUACAUCAGCGAAAGAAGACCCGAAACUGAAGGGCAAAUUGGAAGAGUAGAAUAUUGCGAUUGAUAAUUCUCAUUAUUAUACGUAUUUUAAGAUAUUCAUGUUUUUCACGGCAUUUAUGCGAAUUGUACCAAAGAUUACAUUCUUCCUUUAAGUUGAAGAUGACAUACAUUUUAUAGAUAAGUAUACAAACGAUUUUGAGGUAACUUCCCAUGUGUUAUUCCAUCGCAAAUGUAGUGAAAUAAAAACAAAGUUGUUUUUUCGAUUUUAUAAGUUUAUAUCUUUGUUAUUCAAUAAAUAUUUGAUAUAGCCUA